CCCCACCAGGUUGUUUGGCGAGGCGGCGAGGGAGCGAACUGCUUGAUCUCGCGUCGUCGUCUUCGUGUUGUCGUUGUUGCUGCAGCAGCUGCAGAGAUGGCGAGCAAGCGCGAUGGGCACGGAAUUUAUGGAUGUCUCUCUCCAGCCGAGGUGGAGGCGGCCAGCAUCCAGCCACUCGGCAGGGACAGGAGCAGGCAGUUUGUGAGCGCCAUGCUGCGGCGCGUCAUGCCGCGCGCCAAGCCCGACCUGCUGGAGGAGAAGCUGAAGCGGCACGCCGUUGUGCUGAACAAGGACGGGAAGGGAGCUCGCGCCAAGCGCAAGAAGAAGAAGGUGGCGGCGGCAUUGUCGUCAGCGGCCUCUUGUAGCGCGUCGCCAGCGUCGGGCCGCCCGCUGUCGUCCCGCGAGCGCCGUCGUCUGGGCCUCUUCGACAUCCGGCCGGAGAACCAGAGGUACGCCCUGUUCCUGCCCCUCCACCAACUCUGGCUGCAGUACAUUGACGACCUCUUUGGGGGACUCAAGUCCACAACGCGCUCGGAGCAGAUCCAGAUGAAGAUGCUGAAGGCCGACCUACACGGAGCCAUCAUCACCGUGGAGAAGUCAAAGUGUCCCACGUACGUGGGAACGACAGGGAUCAUGAUCCAGGAGCUCAAGAAUGUGUUCAAGAUCAUCACGAAGGACGACAAACUGAAGGUGAUCCCCAAGCGGAAGAGCAUCUUCACCGUGGCGUUUGGAGGCUUCGUGUCCCACAUCUACGGCUCCAUGUUAUGCAUGCGCUCCAGCGAGCGCUCCGCCAAGAAGUUCAAGGCCAAGGGCAGCGUGGACCUCUGAAAGGGGGACGGGACCAAGACGCCAGCAGCUUCCCUCCUUCCCGCGAGCGGUCGGCACACCUCCUGUGUGCAGCGUAGGUUUCUUUAUUACAUUUAGCCAACUGGCCAGCGACAAACACCGCUACUGGGAAGGUCUAAUGGAGUCUGUGUUUCUUGAAUUGGGGAAGGUCGUACGAACUUUUCAAAUGAUAAGGUUGGGAGGGAAUUCCAAACUUUAGCGGCGUGAUGAAGGAAGCAGAAAGAUGAAAAUAUUUGGACCUGCAAUGUGAUGGUUGAAUAAAGUUUGAAUAGAAGCAGCCAUUCUCAGCCUGGUAGACCGUAUGUAUGCAGAUUGGGUUUUCUUCACGUCUCAUUUCACAUUAUGUCGUAAUGUAAUUUUUUAUGACGCACUUAAGUUGGUGUUUCCAGGAGACAAACUUAUGCUGCCCAUCAAGUGUGUAUGUAUGUAGAACUUAUUUCGCACAGUACGUAGCCAACCAUGCUAAGCGGAGGUGGACAUCAUGAGAGGGAGAUGUAACGCAGAAAACAAACGGUAUUCUUGGAGCUGCUCAUCAUCAAGGUGGUGUGUUCCGGGCUGUGGACAUGGGUAAUCGUAUUCUUGUGGACAUGGGUAAUCGUCACUGGUGCUAGUCGGGUCGCCGGGUUCGUAGUGCAGCGCGCUGACCACUACACUGCCGCUGUUCCCCCCUUGGAAGCGUUUCAUCUGUCCUCGCGAAUACUGGAGUAAGGACCUGUUUGCGCCGGUGUUUUACAUUGUGUUGUCCUGAACGAUAUUGUAAAUAUGUUAAUAAAAUACAGCGGCUGGGCAAA